AUGGAACGACCAACACCCCGCGUCAACAGUGUCGGAUUGAGUCAGAUGGGUCAGUGCAUGGGCUGAACCGCAUGAUCGUGAACGAUGUUGUGGGUCGCACAGGCGCAUUUCGGAGCUGACACCUCGCUCACUGUGCCAUCGUUCGUCCGGACACAGGAGCUGGCAAGGUCGUGCGAGUGGUUGGCAAGGUCAUCAGCGUGAGCUUCUGAUUGAAAGCGGAUCGCCGACUUUGGGUUGCUGAUGGACAUGGCCCUCACCCGACUCCCAUCCAGUUGGACGGCGACUACGCGGUGCUCGAACUGAGUGACGGUGGCCAAGUCCGAGUCAAGCUCAGUCGAGUCAGUUUGUCCCUCUACCACCGCGGUCCAAUGCAAAAGAAGUCAUUCCAGAUUCAGAUCUCGCUGACUGGAUGCCAUAACCUGGGGACCGAUUCAACAGUCGGCGAACUUGGCGGACACUUACGUCGAGGUGAUUGGCAAGAUUGAUGGCGAAGGGUCGAUGAGUGAAUUGAGCAGGUUGGUUGCAGUCCGUACAGGCUCCAUGCGCGUCAUGACGAGUUCACUGACCCUUUUUGCUUGUAUUACAUGGCAUAGUUGCAACAUGGGGGCCAGUAUCGGUGCGUCUGGUCGGAUCGUUGCGUGGACCAGAGCGCGUCGCAACGCGUCGAGUGCGUAGACUAAUUGUUUUGCCUUCCUGCAUCGAUCUAUCGCGUCAUCUAUCCCAGACAUGCCUUUGCUGGAGAAGGUCACUGAACUCUGGGUAAGUACCGAUCUGAGCCGAAGAUGCUUUCAUCCGUUCUGAAUGUAGAAGGAGGCUCACCGAACUGCCCUUCGUGCUCACUGGCAUGGCUACAGGCCCAAUACCCCAACAUCUUCCCGUCCGAGAACGAGUAG